AUGUCCCAUCAUAACAUUCACAUGGAUUAUCUGUUAACCGCGGAUGCGGAUAUCAGUGAGCAGGCUUUUGAGGCCUCGAUCCGUAGACUAUCAGUUGGUUCUUCGGAAACAAAUGCCAGCUCCCAUGGUCCUGCAACUCCAUCACCAUCCGUAACAGCGCCAUCUACCUAUACAGGAGAGACGGUAUCUCCUAGUCUACUGCUGUCAUCUGAAUUUCAAGAAUUAACAACAAUGGAAAAACCCUACUCCAGCUCAAUGUUGGGUUAUGGCCAUAAUCCAUACAUGAGUGCCGAAUAUCCUGUACUUUCUUCUAUUCAUCAUACCGAUUAUAUGCGAGCUUCCUCAACAGUUGAGUCGUUCUCUAGCAGCGCUACCAUGUCGCCACUCUCUAUUGCGGACACAUUUUAUCACUCUCCAGCUCCUUCAUUUGGCUCCGACAGCACUUUCGACGAGGGUCACGACGCCGCCACAAUAGCUGCCGCAAGAGCAGCAAUGCCCGGACUACUCCACGACGAGGACAUCGACGAGGACCACAUGAUUUCUCCUUCAUAUUUGUCGAUGCUUUCACCAAAGAGCAAAAGUUUUGCUGCUAUGAGAGCUGGAAUGAGGAAAGUACAAGCUGCCGAUAUUCUCUGCCCUCAGCAACUAGGUGUUCAGAAGAAGAAGCGAACCAAGCCCUACCCAGUUCUCAUUCCCGGCCAAGAUAGCAAGCCCCACAAAUGCCUUGCCAAGGGCUGCAAUGCAAGAUUCAAGCGACAGGAGCAUUUGAAGAGACACGAGAGAACACAUACCGGAGAAAAGCCAUUCUACUGUGACGUUUCUCCAGAUUGUGGCAGGUACUUCUCACGAUCUGACAAUCUACGACAGCACAAGAAGACACAUUUCCAUUUCAACCCUAGGGGAAGGAACAAGUUCGUCGGAGCACACACACAUGGCGACAUUUCGGGGAUCAAGCUUGAAAAUUGA